AUGAGUUGGUAUGAAUUCCUUGUGCUUUUGAAAAAUGAUUGGUCUUUGCCACCAUUGGCCAAAAAGUAUGUUCUCCAGUUGUUGUACAUAGAUGUACCUGUGUCAGCUAGUUCAUUGCAAGAAUGGGUUCUUGUUGAUGGUGCUUCAAAGCAUAGAGUUACUAUUGAUAGACUCAUUCAAUUGAGAGUAUUUACUGAAACUGUUGAUAGUGAGUCUGAAAUUGAUGUAUUUGAGGAACUCGAUAAAAAAAGGCACGAAGAAGAGCUGGCUUUGGGGAAACAGGUGGUAUCAGAACAAGGGGGGCCAAGUGGUGAACUCACACCUCCCCUUCCUUCUAGGCUUGUAACAGAAGAUGAAAUAAAAUCAUUCUGUGAGGCUAUGAAGGCAUUUGAAGUCCCAAAACCAGUUGUUAUAUCUGGCUAUGGAGGUAAAAGGAAGAGUGAGCUUGGGAACUUGGACACACAUAAUUAUGGAAGAGGAAAGCGAGCAAGGGAGGUGCGAUCUUAUGAGGAGCAAUGGACAGAAGAUGAAUUUGAGAAAAUGUGUCAAGUCAAAGCACCAGAGUCACCAAACACCACCAAGGAAGAAGGGGACUUGGCUGGUGGACAGUAA